UUGCGUAAGCGCAAUGGAUUUAAUUUAGUCGGUAUUCGACUCUCGGUACAAAUCGUCGUCUACUCACAAUGGUUAGUGUGUGGCGGUCGCGGCGCUGUGUAGUGGUCAGCGUGUUGGCGGUGGGAGUGGUCGGCGCGCUGGUCGCCCUGCUGGUGCUCCAGCCGUGGAACACCAGCGACCGCCCGGCCCCGCGCUACACGCAAGCCGCUGUCGCCGCUAAUGGCUACGAAUGCGCUUCGAUUGGACGUAAGAUAUUAGAGAAGAACGGUUCAGCGGUCGAUGCGGCGAUAGCGACCCUGUUCUGCGAGGGUCUGGGCUGUGCGCAAUGCAUGGGCCUGGGGGGCGGCUUCCUGGCCACGGUGUACGACGCGAGCACGGGCCGGGUGCGGGUGUUGAACGCGCGCGAACGGGCGCCCGCCGCCACCUACGAAGACAUGUACGACAACAAGUCGUCGACGGUGGGCGGGCUGGCGAUAGCCGUGCCCGGCGAGCUUCGCGGCUACGGCGAGCUGUAUCGGGAAUACGGGCGGCUGCCGUGGAGCGAAUUGGUGCGCCCCGCGGCGAACCUCUGCCGCACCGGCCACCGCGUCAACAAUUACAUGGGCCGCGUGCUGCACUCCUACAGCGACAGGAUCAAGGCGGAACCCUCUAUGAGGGAAUUGUACGUGAACCCAGAGACGGGGGAGGUUUGGAACGAGGGCGACAUGAUCCGGGAGCCGACGUUAGCGCGGACGCUGGAUAUUAUAGCGGAAGAGGGCCCGGAGGCGAUACACAACGGCUCCCUUACGGCCGCGCUCGUAGAAGACAUUCAAGGAUUUGGUGGUAUCGUAACCGAGGAAGACUUGUUCGAGUACAGGGCGGAAUGGCAAGAACCGAUCGAAGUGCCCAUAUCGGACGAUUACACUCUAUAUACGACGCCACUGCCGGGUUCCGGUUCGGUGCUGGCCUUCAUACUGAACAUGCUGCGAGGAUGGGUGGGCGCCGAUACGGAAGCCCCGGUCGAGUCCAACCUCUACUGGCACCGUAUAGUAGAGACGUUCAAGUACGCAUACGCGAAGCGAACAGGCCUCGGCGACCCUUCGCGCUUUAACCUGCCUCAUUCCAUCCCUCAGUUGGAACGCAACCUGUCGUCACGCGGGUGGGCGGAGUCUCACCGCGAGCUGGUGGACGAUACGCGCACGUUCUCCGACUGGCAGCACUACGGCGCGCUGUUCGAGGGCGCGGACGACCACGGCACCGCGCACGUCGUCGUCAUCGCGCCUGACGGCAGCGCCGUCUCCGCCACCAGCACCAUCAACUACAUUUGGGGCUCGCAGAGGCGAUCGCGCAGUCUCGGUAUAAUGUUGAACAACGAGAUGGACGACUUCGCGAUACCAAACCGCGAGUCCGCUUACGGCCUGCCGCCAUCACCGGCCAACAUGCUGGCGCCGGGCCUGCAGCCGCUCAGCUCAAUGGUGCCCAGCAUUGUCGUGUCUCGCGACGGUGUAGCACGCAUCGUGCUCGGUGCCGCCGGCGGCACAAAGAUCACCACACAGGUUGCCUUAGCGGUGAUGCAUACAAUAGUGGAAGGCGCGGAGCUGCCAGAGGUGAUGCAGCGGCCGCGGUUACAUCAUCAACUUGUACCCAUGGAAAUCGAAUACGAAGCAGACUUUGAUGCGAGUAUAAUAGAAUCACUGCAGGCCAGAGGGCACGCGACCACGGCCAGGGGGCCGACGGCCGGCUUCGCAGCAAUGGUAGCUGCUGCUCGGAAUACCAAAGGCGAGUUGGUACCGCAGACUGAUCGCCGGAGAAUUGGAAGCACGGAUGGCUUCUAAAUAUGAUAAAUUAUUUUUAUUUUAGAACUUAGCGACCGCACUUAUCAAAUAAAUUGUUCAGUUUAUGAAUUUAAAUUUUAAUACUUGUGUCGGUCGAUAACUGCAUUUCUCAUUUUAAAAAAAAAUAUACUUUUACCUACUUAAAAAUGACCAUUAAGUUUUUUGAUGAUUAAGAAUAUCAAGCAUACAUUAUUUUAAGGUUUUUUUUAAUGUUUUGACAAUUAAGGGGAAUCUCUGUGAGAAAUACCUAAGAGAGUGUUUUAGUUAUAUAUAAUCUACAACUGGCUUAAUACAACUUUUGAAACAGGGUAUUUAUACUGGAUCCCUACUUAAAUUUUA